AAACCGCAAAACUGUCAUUUUUGUUGUAUUCGGAAACCCGCUGUGUUCUUCUAAAAUUAUUAAUUGAGUAAACGAAAAAAAGCUCCGUUUCUUGUAAUUCUUGGCUGUCCAAUGUCAUCCGCAGUGGACAUCGAUCCUACGUUCAAGCAUGCCCUGAAACUACUUCAUUCUGCCAACACCGAUUCAGCGGAGAAGAUUCGGAAUCUGCUGGAUGAAUUGAUCAAACAGCGUCACGGGGGCAGCAAAACGCUUGCCAGCACGCUUCCCAAGAAGCACCUGGACGAGGAACGUUCUACUGUCGGUAGUAAUCUUUAUGUCCGGAAGCAGAAACCUGCUCCGCUGCCUGUUGCUGCAAAUGUAGCGUCUUUUGAUUCCAAACAAGAAUCUCCUGCAAACAGUUUGUUGACCACAGAAAGUACUGCUCCUACGCCGGAAUCACUGAGUGUUCCGCCUCCAUCGGGAUCGAUUAUCCUAUCUAUAUCGGAUGUUGAAGGGAACGAUGAGGAUGACGAUGUUGUCAUGGAAGAGGAUCAGCUGAAGGAGUUGGAAGAUUUGAUGUGCAUUGUUUGCAGAAGGAUGGACGUUAGUGCUAGAAAUCGACUGGUGGAAUGUGCCGAUUGUCACUCCCUGUAUCAUCAGGACUGUCACAAGCCGAUCAUUUCGGAGUCCGAUGCAAACGACCAGGAAAAUGCUUGGUUUUGCACUCUUUGCAAGGGAAAAUCGAUCAGUAAAUCUUCCUCGUCUUCAUCCACGAUUGGAUCUCCGGCAAAGGUUUCAUCCUCGUCGCAUUCUAAAUCGUCCAGCAGUGGAAGCAGCCGGAACUACGAAUCGUCGUCUUCGAAACAUAAAAGCUCAAGAUCUAGCAGUAGUAAAGAACACGACCGGGAUCGGGAUAGAGACCGAGACAAAGAACGCGAUCGGGACCGUGAUCGUGAUCGGGACCGAGACCGCGACCGAGAUCGUUCUGAUCGUGAUCGAGACAAGGACAAGGAGAGAUCCUCUAAGAGUAGUUCCAGCUCAGGAACAUCUGCAGCUACUUCGGCGGCAUCGUCGGGUGGGGCAGGAACGCCUAAUAUCAAUAUUAUCAGUGCCGAUAAACGGCUUCAAAUGAUGAAAAAGAAGGCAGCAAAACUGCACGACAGUAAGCGAAAGCACAAAUGAAGCGUUAGGAUGAAACUGGGCACGGGUUCGUGGAUAUGGAAAAAUACCGUGAAAUGUAGCCAGUCUUAUUUUUUCACAUUCUUGUUAUUCUAUCUUGAUAUACAUACAGCUAUUAAUAAAGAAAUUGUAGUGGUGUCAUACAUAAA